CUCUCUCUCUCUCUCUCUCUCUCACACACACACACACACACACACACAGUCUCUCUCUCUCUCUCACACACACACACACACAGUCUCUCUCUCUCUCACACACACACACACACACACACACACACAGUCUCUCUCUCACACACACACACACACACACUCUCACACACACAUACACACACGAGAGACUGAAAUGGAAGGUUGGCAUUGAGUGUGUGUGUGUGUGUGUGUGUGUGUGUAAUCCUUGGGGCGCACACACACGCACACACACCGAGAGAGAGAAACAAACAUCAGAGAGGACUCGAGGAAAGGGAGAACCCUGAUAAACGUGUGUGUGUGUUUUAUGGUGUAGAUCCAUGUGAGUGUGUGUGAGAGUGUGUGAGUGUGUGUGAGAGUGUGUGUGAGCCACACACUUGGAUUUUCAGUAAUUGCGAUUGGAGAGAGCUGUCUUCUGCACAUCACACACCCUGCUGAGGAGACUUUACACACACAGCGUUUUUAUUUUUUUAAAUUAAUGUUAUUCCUGUUGCCUGAGCUCUGCAUCACGUGAUCCGCCGACUGUCGCUGAGUUUUUGAGGUUUUGUUAUUUUGUGAAUUUCCGGUUCAGUCAAAUUGCUCCGUGCGCGUGCACUCGCCGUGAGACCGAGCCGUGCGUCAUGAGUUCAGCUGGACGGGUUCCGACAGCAAGAACCCACAGCCGCAUCUGAGUCCGGAGCAGCACAGCAUGGAGACCAGCUCAGGGGUGAUCUUGUACGCCUGUUCCAGCUCGAGUCCCGACAGUCCAUCUAGCGGGUAUCAGACUCACUCGCCCUCCUCUCAGUCUCAGCCGUCUUCUCCAGAGGAAAUCUCCUGCGACCUUCAGCACAGGACCUCGAGCAGUGACCCAAACCCCACCACAGGCCCCUCCCUUUCACCCAAACUCAUCUUCCAGUUCCCCGAACUGAGCAGCGCCCACAUUACGUCAUCAGGACAGAGCAUAAACUCACAGCCAGUCACGGCCAGGAGAUCAUGUGGUGCUUUUACAAGGCCCGGUGGAAUGGUGUUGCUGUGUAAAGUGUGUGGAGACAUCGCGUCAGGAUUCCACUAUGGAGUUCACGCAUGUGAGGGAUGCAAGGGUUUCUUCAGACGCAGCAUCCAGCAGAACAUCAGCUACAAGAUGUGUGUGAAGAACGAGAACUGUCUGAUCGUGAGGAUGAGCCGUAACCGCUGCCAGCACUGUCGCUUCAAGAAGUGUCUCUCCGUGGGGAUGUCCAGAGACGCUGUGCGUUUUGGUCGCAUCCCUAAACGUGAGAAACAGCGACUCCUGGAUGAAAUGCAGAGCUACAUCAACAAUCACAACCCCAUGGACGUCAACUUGGCUACACCCUCUGAAGCCCCGCCCACUGAAACCAAGGUCAAUCGUCAAUGCCACCAGUUUGGGUUGGAUGAGGGCAUCAGGGUCUCAUCCCAGUUCCCUGUCAUUGUGAAGGAGGAGGAGAGACUCGUGAAGAUAAACCACACUGAUGAUGAUGACACCAACACCGAUUCCUCACCGUCUCAGGAGUCUCAGCUUCACUGUGUUCCUCCUCAUAUCACGUCUCCUCCAUCCUGCCCCGCCCACGGCAGAUUCACACUCACUCACUCUGAAAACCCACCAAAACCCACAGGAAAUGACAUCAAGAGAGAGACGCCCUGUUCCUGGAGGCCGAGUGCUGGAGCUAAAGUUCUGGCGUGUCCUCUGAACUCGUGUCCCGUGUCCCCGUCUGAUCGCUCCACUCAGCAGGUCUGGGAUGCUUUCUCACAGUGUUUCAGUCCUGCGGUUAAAGACGUGGUGGAAUUUUCUCGCAGUAUCCCAGGAUUUCACACGCUCAGCCAGGAUGACCAGAUCCAACUGCUCAAAUCAGGCACCUUCCAGGUUCUGAUGGUGCGAUUUUGUUCGCUCUUUGACGCCAAACAGAGAACUGUGACCUUUUUAAAUGGACAGACGUAUCCUCUGGUGUCUUUAAGGGCACUUGGGAUGGGCACUCUGCUGGACGCCAUGUUUGAUUUCAGCGAGAAGCUGAGCAUGCUGGGAUUGGAGUCAGAUGAGACGUCACUCUUCAUGGCUGUCGUGCUGGUUUCUGCAGAUCGCUCUGGAAUUUCCGACAUGGCCACUGUGGAGAAGCUACAGGACGAUUUAAUCAACGCUUUGCGAUCGCUUCUCGCACAAAAGCGGCCAAACGAUGGCGAGAUUUUCCCCAAACUGCUCUUACGUCUUCCUGAUCUACGAACGUUAAACAGCUUGCACUCAGAUAAACUUUUAGCUUUCCGUAUCGAAUAAGGGACUUCACGUUAAAAUAAGUGCUAAAUGACACUGUUGCCUUGAAAAGGGAAAGAAUGUAGUGAUGGUGAUGCCUGUAAAAAAUUUGCAUAUCAUUAUAAUUGCCUGAAUAUUAUUACAAGAAUGUGUCAUAAAUCUUCUACCUGUUGUUCUCAUUGGUUAGAAUUUUAGUGAACCUCAGCAGUGUCUGGUUUGUGAUUUUGCUUCAUCGUUUCUUUUAUUUUUGUGAUAUUUGUUACUCAAAAUCACUCGGCUUCGACACCAGCAGCUCGGCCACAUGCUAACCGAGAACGUUGCUAAAACAUUCAGGAAUGUUUUUCACGACUUCUCUGGAGGUUUGGCUGUCACCUUUAAACAAAAACGGUCUCUGAUAAUGUGAUGAUGGUUGCGUUGUUUUCCGAAUAUCACAAACGACGUUGUAUGUUACACAAAAAAUAAUGUUAUUACUAAAAAGUAGAAAUAUUACAGCAAUAUUGCUGGAACAUUAGCUAAAUAACAAAAUAUGUUCACUGAAAUACCGUACAUAGAAAACAUUCUGCUCGUGUUAAACUGUAUGCUGGGCUGUUGGGUGAUUAUUAUGUUGAUUAGCUAGCAUGUUAGUUGCCAUGGAAACAACUUCUAGCAAUUAAUAAACCAUAAGAAAAAAGUUUGCUCUAAAACAGGCAGCUAGCAUAAAUAUUUUGAAGUAUUUUGCACCAUGUUUUUUUUUAAAUAUAUUGUUGUGUUAUUUCUGAUCGAUUCCUGAAAAAGAACCCACACGAUCCUGCCUUUAAAAUAUAAAAAACUUGAAAAGAAAAUAGCUUGAAUUUCUGACUUGGAGAUUAUUUAAGGUUUCAAAACAAUUAUUAAAAUUGUUAAUUAUCCGCUCAGACUGAGGCUGAGUGUUUAAACAAUUUGGAAUAAAUCUCAAACGUGUACAAAUUUAGUCCAUCAUCCAAAAUGUGUUUGUUUUCUGAAAAAAAGCUUCUUGAGUUUUUCUUGAAUGCUGCGACGCUAAUUUAACCUCAACGUAGCCGGUAUGUCAAUCUCAGACCAUCACCAGAUCUUUAGGCACGCUGAUGUGGUUUAGGACCCAGGGAUACUUCCUGUUAUCUAUAAAGGCAGCCAUCUUGGACAAAGGGAUUUUUCCUUUCGCACAAAUUAUCAUUCACCAACCUCCUAAAACAGAAAGUAAAAUUAAACAGAGGGUCUAUUCACAGCCUUAACAACAUAAAAUAUGUUAUUAUUUCUCAACAUUAGCCGUGCUAGCCAAGUAGCUAGCAUAAACACAUAGCACUGUGCUGAGGUUUCCAGUUAAAUGUUUAAAGUUUAGCUAACUUUAGUAGCUGAGUUCGCUGAGACGCUAGCUAAUAUCACACUAUAUAGUCUAUCAUAUUAAAACCAAGACCUAUGAAACUCGCAAGACUUUUAUGAUAGAAACUAGCAGGAAGGUUUGCUAGCAAAACUGGUGGCUAUUGUGUGAUAGAGAGCAGAAAUCUUGCCUAAUUUGCAUAUUUAAUAUUGAAAUUGUGAUUUUUUUUUCCUCUGAAUAUUCUCAUUUUACAAAAUGUUGAAAUUUGUGCUCAUUAAGAGUUUUUUAAAUACCAAACUGUUUCUGUUUAUUUUUCUCAUAUUUUUUAUAACUAUACUUUAAUUUUUUAGACUUUAAUCUAUUAGCCUUUAAAAUAAGUUUAUCAUCACAUCAUUCAACAUGAUUUUAAAAGAUCACGUCAAUGGGCUCCGAUCAUGACACGAGUUUGUUAUCAACGUCCAAACUGUGUUUUAGGAAGCGAAUUGUUUUUAUUUUAACGUUCGCUCAUUUGUUUCUUACCACUGAAUUACGACUGUUUGACCUCAGAGUGUAAUUUUAUCAGGAAGUGUGUAUCGAGGAAUGUUUUCAGUUGUUAUUGUUGUGUGUGUAUGUGUGUGUGUGUGUGUGUGUGUGUGUGUGUGUGUGUGUGUGUGUGAUAUCAAUAUUAUUUUUUCUGGGAGUCUGAAUAACAGGACUGUACUCCGUGAUAUAAUUUACAUUUAUAUGAAAUCUAUAAAAAGUUAAAAAGGCCUCAUUUUUCAGCAUCUUUAUUCAAAUAAAAUCUGUUCUCUGUGUUUUUCUUCCACGAAUUCAAGUUAAAUCUGUAAUAUUAUAAUUUUAAUUCUGAUUGUACUCACCCUGCCUGUAUAUUUUGUAAAUG